AUGCACAAAAGUCACGUACUGACGACACGUGUGGAGCUGAGUUGGGAAGCUUCACCAGGAUACUUGGACAGUUAUCUUGUAAUGUUAAAGAACUGUGCGGGAGACGUAGUGGCAAAGAAAAGUACCGAGUCGACACGACCGACCGUGUUGUUAGACAAUCCUCGGACAGAGACUGUAUACGAGGUGGUUAUAUGGUCGGUGGCUGACGGAAAAAUUAGUGAUCCUACGACAUCAAAAAUACAGGUCGAAGAAUCAAACUUGAGAAUCAGAAAUCUAGUUGUUAAGGACCGGGGAACCACAUUUGUGGAUCUGGGGUGGACCCGCCCAGUAUACAGCUUAGUAGAGAGCUAUGAGGUACGGUUGUAUUCGGUACAAUCAAAACCGGUUCAGACCUUCAAGGUCAACCCAGACGUGACAGUCCUCCACAUGAAAAUUUUGACCCCCGGACAACUAUUCACGUUUGCUUUUACGUCAGUUUUACCAACUCAGUGUGGAGAGAAAGAACGCGUCCAGUCGGAAGAUAUCUCAGUCAGAACAAUGCCAUCACCUCCCGGUCCACUAAACAUGCACAAAAGUCACGUGCUGACGACACGUGUGGAGCUGAGUUGGGAGGCCUCACCAGGAUACUUGGACAGUUAUCUUGUGAUGUUAAAGAACUGUGAAGGAGACAUAGUGGCAGAGACAAGUACCGAGUCGACACUGCCGACCGUGUUGUUAGACAAUCCUCGGACUGGGGCUGCAUACGAAGUAGUUUUAUGGGCGGUGGCUGACGGAACAAUGAGUCAUCCUACGACUGCGAUCAUACGAAUGAAAGGAUCGAAUGUGCGAAACUUAGUUGUAAAGGAAAUGGGAACAACAUUUGUUAUGUUGGAGUGGACCCAUCCAGUAUACAUUAUUGUAGAGAGCGUUGAGGUACGGUGGUAUCCGGUACAUUCAAAAUCAGUUCAGAUCCGUAAAUUCGACCCAGACGAGACAUCCCUCUACAUUGAAGAUUUGACCCCCGGACAACUGUUCAAGUUUGAUUUUACGUCAGUUUUACUAAAUCAGUGUGGAGAGGAAGAACGCGUCCAGUCAACGGAUCUCUUAGUCAGAACAAUGCCAUCACCUCCCGGUCAAAUAAACAUGCACAAAAGUCACGUGCUGACGACACGUGUGGAGCUGAGUUGGGAGGCUUCGCCAGGAUACUUGGACAGCUAUCUUGUGAUGUUGAAGAACUGUGCGGGAGACGUAGUGACAAAGAAAAGUACCGAGUCGACACGGCCGUCCGUGGUGUUAGACAAUCCUCAGACUGGGACUGCAUAUGAGGUGGUUAUAUGGGCGGUGGCUGACGAAACAAUUAGUGAUCCUACGACAUCAAAAAUACAGGUCGAAGAAUCGAAUUUAAGAGUCAGAAACCUAAUCGUAAAGGAAAGAGGAACCACAUUUGUUAUGUUGGAGUGGACCCACCCAGUAUACGGCUCGGUGGAGAGCUAUGAGGUACGCUGGUAUCCGGUAUAUUCAAAAUCAGUUCAGACCCGCAAGGUCGACCCAGACCAGACAUCGCUCCACGUUGAGGAGUUGACCCCCGGUCAAUUGUUCAAGUUUAUUGUGACGUCAGUUUUACCAAGUCACUGUGGAGAUGAAGAACGCGUCCUUUCGGAGGAUAUCUCAGUCAGAACACUUGAAGAACGCCCAGAGCCGCCCUUUAUUGACGAGAAAAGAAGUUCCACUAAAUCAACAUCAAUAGAGCUGAUGACUAUCAAGCCAUUAAAAGAUAUUUGGAAACAUAUCAUUGUUAGAAAACCAAAUGAUAAGAGUGAAGUGGCUCGGUUUUCAAGCAGGAAAGAUACCAUGCUUGUUGACGAAGAAAUUGAUAUCAACACAGAUUAUCAAAUUGAAAUUUACGUCAAAACUGGAGGCAUACAAAGUAAAUCCCAAUUUGUUAACAUGAAGACGAAAGACAUCAGAGUGUCCAUGCCAUGUCUGAUAGGAGCAAUAGUAGGAGGGACCAUCGCCAUCGGAAGUUUGGGUACAAUUGGUCCAAUGUUGGCUGCACUUGGGUUCGGUUCCGGUGGAAUUACCAGUGGAACAAUAGCGGCCUGGCUAAUGUCAUUCGGGAAUGUUUCCGCCGGAAGUCUUUUUGCAAUCCUGCAAUCAGUCGGUGUUGUUGGUUUGAGUGUAGCCGCUAAAGCAACGUUUAUAGCGGUUGGGUUGUCUGCUGGGUGCAUGGUCGAAGUGGUGUAA